AUGAUUUGCCAAAAUAAUUAAUCUCUGUAGAUUAGUAUUAUACUUGCUGCAGUCUAGUUUUUGUAAUUGCUUUAUUUCCCGUUUCAAUCACAAAUCAAAUAUGCUUGGUAUAAUCAUAAACUUUCAUCGUAAAUCUAAGAAUUUCUAUCAUAUUUUACAAUAAUAAGAAUGCUGAUUAAUUAGAGCACAUCUUUAUAUUUAAUGGUGAUGUACUUUAUAAUUAGUAUUAUACUGCUUACGACAUUGCUUAUCAUUAUAUUAACAAUUUAGAAAAGUCUAUAUAAUCAAAAAGUUAUUAUUUUAUUUCUUGCUAAAUCAAUACAAUUUAUAAUGAGUAUUGGAUUUGCUGAAAUUUUAAGAAUACUUUUGGGAUAUUUACUCUGCUAACCUGAUUAAAAUGGGAUUCUAAAAAUGGUAUAUCUUGUUGAUUAAGAAUGCUGGGUAGGGGACUAUUAUUAUCAUGCAAUUUUCGUGAUUAUAUCACUUUUGCUCUUUAUAUUUUUUGUUAUAAUUUGCAGCAAACUAUUCAUCGAGUUAAGAAACAAUAAGAAAAAUACAUUUUCGUAGAGGGAAGGUAUUUCCUAUUCAUACCUAUUUAUUUAUAUAAUAUUUUCAAUGGCAUCAUAUUCUUUAUUUCAACUACCGAAAUAUUCUAUUUGUGUAAUAGCUAUUUAAAAUAUUACAAGCUUUAUAUUCUUCUACAGAAUGUACUACAAACACCCUUUUUAUAAUUAAACUGUUUAAAAAAUUUGGAUAUCGAUAAGUGGAUUGGUAUUCCAUACCAACUUGAUGUAAUUAAUGGCUUUCUUAUUUAAUCAUUUGAUUGUGUAAAAUUCUAUGUUAGGUUGGUUAAUCACUUGUCCAAUGGCAAUCGUGAUUUUUUUAGGAAGACAAAAUCAUUAAAUUGAUCUCAUAAAAAUUAAUUUAGCAAGAUAUUAGUCAACAGAAAAUAUUGUAAAAGAUUGUGAAUACUUAGUAGAAUUAGCAGAUUCAUAUGAAAAAGAUCAAACGAAGGAGAUUUAAGUAUUGGGGUUUUUGGAGAUGCAUGAAUCAACUUGUUUACAAGCAAAUUGUGCUAUUAAGAUUAAUAAAAAUUUGGCUAUGAAAUUUUAAGAAAAUCCUAAAUAUACUGAUGAAAGAUUAAUUUUUAAGGAACUUAUAAACUAACUUUAUUAAAAUGGAAUAAAUAAAUAUCCUUAAAGCAUUGAUCUUAGAAUACAUUACAGCUAUUUCCUUUACGAUCAUUUGGCAGAUGGAUAAAAAGCCUUACACGAAUUAGUCAAAGCAGAACAAUUAAAUCCUGAUUUUGGAUAACAAUUUUAGAUUUUUUCAAUGAAAAAAAUUUUAGAAGACUCAUUCUCGAAGACUUUUUUUGGUGUCAAUACUCUUGAAUAUUCAGUUUCAAUUGAUCGAAAUAUCUAAUUUCAACAAAGUCAGCUUAAAUAAAGGAUUCUAGAAGGCUCCUAUCAAAUGCUGUAAUUUUGGAAUUAACUAUUAGAGGAAAUUCCAAAUUUAACCGUUUUAUCAAUUCUUGGAAGAAAAGUAUUAGGAUCGAUUCAAUAGAUCAGAAAAUAAAUUACUCUAAUGUAGAAAACAAACACAUUUAAUUAAUCUACUAAAAAGCUCAUAUGCAAAUUCAGCGAUUAUGUCUUCUAUAUGUCAGAUACUAUGAAGUUUGCUAAAAUCAAUAUUAAUUAUCAAAGUGAUGAAGUUAACUACUAAUCUAAAUUCCUGGAUUAAAAUAAUUUAUUAGGUUCUUAAGACUUGAGUUCAUAUUCAUAACCUGUAAUUGUGUUGGAACUAUUUAGCAAUAAUAAUUAAAAUUCUAUUGUAAAAAAUAUAAAUUAAGCUACUUGUUCAUUGCUAGGAUUUUCUCGGACUGAUAUAAUAGGGCAUUCAAUCUGUCAAUUAUUCUAAUCUAACUAUUCAAAGCUACAUCAAUAUGUUGUGCAAAGAUAUUUUACCUCGGAUUCGUAAGUGUAAUUAUCUAUCUUACCACAGAGAUAUUAAUUCUUCAAAACUAAGUCUUAAUAUGUCAUAUUAGCUCAAAGUGCCAGUUCCAUCCUUUAGACAGAAAAAGGAGUCUUUCAAUUUUUGAGACUUACAACAGAUGUUAAUUAUCGCAAUUAUGCUUAUAUUAUUUUUAACGGAGAUGGAAAAAUAGAAAAUAUAUCAGCUUCAUGCAUCUCAAUUUUGAAGUUGGAUAUUCGUAAACUUUAAUUAAAAUAAUUAAAUAUAGAGCAACUAUUUCCAAAUUUAUUAUCGAAUAAGGAAACAUAUUUCAAUAAAAUGAAUAAAAUUGUGUAUGAGUAUCAUAAAUCCAAAGUGAAAAGUUUGAAUUUUGUUGUAUAUGAAAAAGAAAAGCGAAAAUAAAUUGGAUUUAUGGUGUAAUUAUUUGAGAUAUCAGACAAAAAUUUAUAUAACAAAAAAGAGGAAAAAUAAUAAAUAUUUGGAUACUAUCUAAAAAUAGAAUAAAUAGAGCAUAAGCUAGUAAAUAAUUCUCCUAAAAUAAAAACAAAAUAAACAACAAAAGAAUUUACAUAUUCUAUUGAAUAACGUGCUUUCAUUUAUGGAAAUGCUAAUUCAUUACAGGAUUCUGUCAAAGAAGAUAAUGAAAUUUAAGUGGUGUCUAAAUAGAAAACAAUAUUUUAACCAAAAAAAUUAAGUAAGAAACAAAACUCAUCCUUGAAGUAAGAUCAAAAUUAAAUGUCCUAUGGUUUUGACAUUAAAACGUUAAGAUUGUUUUAAGGAAAGAUUUAAGAGAUAAUAGAUCCAAACUAAGAAGAGGAUGAUGAUGAUAAUGUUAAGGAUAAUACAGAACACUCUAAAACAGAAAUUAUUAUUGAUAAGAAUUAAUCUAAUUAGAUCAACACUUAAAAUGAUUUAAGUUUAUACCUGUAGAACAUACCCUAUCCUACAUUUUUGAGAAGAUUAGUUCUCUUAAAUAAUAUUUUACUACUUGUUUUAUUUGCAAUAUCAUGUAUAAUGUAUUCAACCUUAUAUGUCACUUUUUUAAAAUUCAAAAAUGCUGUUGAACUUGGUGCUGCAAGUAACUAACGCUUUUCUUCUCUGAUGAAGAUUCAGUCGAACCUCUAGGAUUUGAGAGGUUGCAAUUUGAAUAUUGAAGCGUUAGAAUAGUAAAAGAUAGGAGAUGAAUUUAUUAAUAUCAAUUUUUUGGAGUUAAAAAAUGAAUUGAAUUUACUUCUUGAAUAAAACAAUCUUUUAACCUCUUCAGAUUUAACAAUUAACUAGAAUUAUUAAACAUACAUUUCUGAAUUUGAAGAACCCUAAAUUUAAAUGUUCUCAGUAGAUAAUAGUUAUCAGAAUUUUACUUAUUCCUAAGCAGUUCAAUAAUUAAUAGCUAGAGCUAUAACAUUAAAUAAUAGCGAAUUAUCAAAAUUCAUUGACAAUAAUGAAGAUUUUCAUUAUUUCGUGCAUAAUACAUUCAAUUCUAUUGCAAAAUAUGAAUAUGUUUCUUAAAACUACUACUUUUCAAAUAUUUAUAGUUUAUUAGAUGAUUUAAAAACAUUUGAAGAUGUAUUUUUUAUUCUUUCAUCCUCUUGUGUGCUUUUAAUAUUUUUCUUUUGUCAAUUUUACCUUCAUUCUCAUUAAUCCUAUAUGAGGAAUAUAAUUUCGGCCUUUUUAGAAAUAAAGGAGCAGUCCUUAAAAUAGAUUGUUAGCAAAAUUCGAAAUUUCCUCUAGAUGCUUCAAACAACUGAUGAUGAUGAUGUGGAUUAAUUUGAUUUGGAAUAAAAUGAAAAUUAAGAAGAACAAGAACUAGAAGAAUUAACCAAAAAUAGUAAGAAGAGAAAAUUUAAGUACUCGUCAGAAAGUGAAAAUAAGAUUUAAAUUCGAAUAAUUUUUGUUUCGUUGUUAUUUUACUCUUACUUUUGUUAUUUGUACUUUAGUUCUACAACAAUCAUCUCUUAUUCAAACUUACUGAUUCCGCUUGUUAAUAUUACAUCUUAUAUUCCAUCAUAAUAUCGUUUGAUUGAUAACUCCAUAAAGGAGAUGCUAUAUGAUUCCGAAGCUAUGAUUAUGAAUGAAUUAAAUUCCAUAGAUAAGAUGAAUUACUUAAUUGAUGAAAUUUAAGCAUUGGAUGCAGAAUUGCAUAUUUUGAAUUAAAAAAAUGAGCAUAUUUUAUCUGCAGAGUAUAUUCAACUGUUCAAUGAAAUUUAUAUAUUAAGUCCAUGCACGAUCAUUAUAGAAUACGAUUAAUCAGUUACUAAUGCAUCCUGCUUAUCCUUUAAUGAGAAUAUUCUAAAGGAUGGAUUAGCAGUUGCAAUUUCAAGUUUUUUUGAAAACGCCUGCAAAAUGGUGUAGGAGUACUACUACUAUGACCCAAACGCCAUAUAUUCUAACUUAACCUAUAAUCUCAGCUCAAAUCAUAAGAAAAACUUUACCUACAACAUUCUAAAUACUAGAGACAGCAAUGAUAAUAGAUAAAUGCAAAAAGUUUUCAUAAGAAUAUGUCAUUUAUAAUUGAUGAAAGAAUUAUUAAAUUAGUUAAAUAACUAUUUUUCCUUUUUGGCAUUUCAAUUGACCUUAUUAUUCAUGAUAUUUUGCAUAAUUGCUGUGUUUACACACUUUUUGAUUUGGAUCCCUAUUUUAGCCAAUUUUUAUUAGGAAGCAUAAAAAAAUCUAGAAACUUUAACUAUCAUACCAGUUGAGGAUUUAAAUAAAUGUGUAUAAAUAUAAGAGCAUUUGAAAAAUUUGAAAGAGCUCAAUUAAUGA